CUUGAACCCUGAGACCCCAUGGGCAAUAUAUACUACGGUUCCAUGCAGCUCUCAUGCUACUUAGUGUCAGCUUCUCGACGAUCCUUGCUGUUCUACAGGGAAGAUAGACCAAGAGGGAGCCUGAUCGAAUGAAAGAUGAAUCUACUCGUCGUCGUCGCGUUGAUAACUUUAGCUUCUGGCGAUCCAGGAUUGCUCAGGGUCCCUAAAGUGUACAACGCCGUGGUCACGAGUAAUCAAAACUUGUCACCGUCCAGAGCGUUUCCAGUGAUUCAACCGGUGAUCCAUCGAACAGCGGUUGGUUACGGUUUGCCACCGGUUUACUACACGCCUCAAGUGGCGCCUCAUCUCGCUGCAGCGCCGGAAGUGCCGCGCGUUCCGCAGAACCCGUUGAAAUCGAACGGUCAGCCGGAUAUUCAAGCCGAGCCGUCCGCCAGUGUCGAACAAUCGAAACCAACUGACGCGAAUGACAAGCCAGAAGCGACGAAUCCAGGCCCGGAAGAGGAUAAAGACCCGAAGCCUGGAUCUAAGAGCAAGAGCCGGGAGCAAGAACCACUGAGCUUCUAUCCCAACUAUCAGUCGUUAUACUACGAUCCCUAUUUCUACACGUACAACGGAUUCAAUCCUCAUCUAGUACCAGGAACCUAUUACGUUGACUACCAACCAUACGGCACUUUAGAACCAAUUGCAGCAACCACGCCGAAGAGCGGACUGUCCGAACAUCUGCUUCCGGCCUAUCAAGAGGAGAAGAAACUCGCCGCGAACGAACAGAAGGAGAAAAUACCAGACGUACCGCCGCCACCUCUUCCGACAGCUGUGCCGAAAAGUUCCUAGAACCGGAACCGAUCCGCGCGAAAUUUCUUUGAGUUACGUUUAUUACGUCGUAGACUGAUUAUCUCACAGCAUCUGUCAUAGAGGAGGAAGCCGCCUGUCUCACGAACGACGAGCGAGACUAAAUCCUUUCGUGACUGAAUUUUUAACUCGUGAGAAAAAUUGUUCUUUUUUACUAUGAAUCGACGACAGAGACAAAUUUUUCGCCAGUGAUUUUGCAGGGAGAAUACAACGCGCGCUUGUCGACCGAUCGAAAAUCGCAUUGAAGAACUCCAUAAAUUUGAAAGUAUAAAGAGAAGGGAGGAUACUACUUUUUUAAAUUUAUCUUUUAUUAGAAUUUACUAUUCAUUCGUGUUAUCUUCUUGCGAUGUGACGAACAAGUCAUUUGGUUCUUGGUAAUUGGACAUUGACUAGUUGACUGCCGCGCGAAAUUCAUACGUUUUGCCUGUGGGAUAGGAUAUUUAACUUCUCUAAAAUGUUAUGUCACAAUAAAGGCGCAAUGAGAGCGAACUUUUUAUUUUGUAGUA